CCCAGAUUGAAGAGAUCACAUCUUUCUGGAGACCUCAUCUAUCCCACAAGGAUGCUCCCUUCCUGGUCCUUUGGCAACAUCUCCUUCUUCCAGCCACCUGCUUUCCUGAUGAUUGGCAUUCCAGGGCUGGAGGUUGUUCAUGGCUGGAUCUCCAUCCCCUUCUCCUCCAUGUACAGCAGCCCAGCCCUCACUGGAAACUGCCUGAUCCUCUUGGCUGUGAGGAGGACCCCCAAACUGCACCAGCCCAUGUACUACUUCCUGUCCAUACUGGUGGUCACCGUUGUGGGCCUCACCCUGUCCACAAUGCCCACCACCCUGGCUGUGUUCUCGUUUGACCAUUAGCUCAUUGGCUUCAAUGCCUGCUUGGUCCAAAUGUUCUUCCUCCACUCUUUCUCCAUGGUGGAGUCCUCAGUGCUCCUGGCCAUGUCAUUUGACCACUUUGUGGCCAUCUCCAACCCCCUGCGCUAUGCAGCUGUCCUCACAAACAAUGUCAUCAUCAGGAUGGGGCUGGCCAUUGUGGCCUGUGCUACCCUGUCUCUCUUCCCAGGACCAUUCCUACUUAAAUGUCUGAACUUCUGCCCUAAUAAGACCCUCUUAUCCCAUUCAUUCUGUUUCCAUCCUGAUGUGAUGAGAAGAGCCUGUGCUGACAUUACCAUAAACAUCCUCUAUGGGUUCUAUGUGGUACUGUCCCCUGGGGGCAUAGAGUCCCUUCUCAUUGUCCUAUCCUACACUCUCAUCCUGCCCACGGUCCUAGGGCUGGCCUCUCCCAGGGAGCAUCGGGCCCUCAACACCUGUGUCUCCCAUAUCCUGGCUGUCUUUGUCUUCUUUAUUCCAGGUAUCACCAUGUCCAUGAUCCACCAUUUUGGGAGGCACAUGCUCCCCAUUGUACAUGCCUUUGUUGCCUAUGUGUAUCUGCUGGUGCCCCCUGUGCUCAACCCCAUCAUCUACAAUGUCAAGUCCAAGCCCAUCAGGGAGGCCAUGCUCAGGGUUCUGAGGGGGAAAUACCAAGGCUGA